GGCCCUAUAAAAUAGUCACCUCUGCUUUAAGUUCGCCAGUCUCUUCCAGACCACCAUCAACAGAUCCGUCAUGAAGUUUGUGGCUCUGGCUCUAGCCGUUCUGCUGGCUGCAGGUUGCCAAGGUGAUUUAUGGCAGGCUGAUGCUCCAACUCAGUAUGAGCACAUCAGAGCUGGGGUGGUGACUUACCUAACCCAGCUUAAGGUGUCAGCACAUAAAGCUAUCGACAGUCUUGAUGAUGCUGAGUUCAAGGAUUACAAGGCACGCCUCACUCAGGGCAUAGACAAAAUUGAGGAGUCCCUCAAGUCUGUUAGUGAGUCCCUUGCACCAGUCCGUGAGGGGAUCGGACCCCAGAUUGUUGACUUCAUUUUUAGUGCCCGUGAGCAGAUUUCCAAAGAUCUGGAGGAGCUGCGCACGGAGCUUGAGCCUAAGUAUGCGGAGCUGCGCGAGGUUGUGAAGAAGCAUCUCGAUGAAUACCAUACAUUAUUGGAGCCCGCACUUAAGGAGUACUCUGAGCAGAACCAGAAGGUGGUGGAUGAGUUCAAGGCCAAGUUUGAGCCUGUAGUCAAGGAUCUGCAGGAGAAGAUCAAGGUUAAUUUUGAAGAGACCAAAUCCAAGCUGACCCCCAUUGUGGAAAUCAUUCGUGACAAGUUGACCAAGAUCCUGGAGGAGCUGAAGACCAAAUAUGGACCCCAUGUCCAGGAGUACAGGGAGCAGAUUGAAGGUGUCGUUGACAGUCUGCGUAAAAAGUAUGAAUCUGGGGAGCUGCAGGAGAAGCUCAAGAAUUUGGGUGAAGAGAUCAGGCCCCACCUGCAGGGUAUCUACACCGCCAUUGACAAGGUUUUCAAGGAGUAACCACUCUUGUGUACCUUAUUUUUGCCCACAGUGCAAUCUUAAAAGCUUCCAUCUUAAUUGCCCUAGAUCCUGUUAACAUCAGUUGUCUCCUGGUCUCUUCAGGACCUCUCCACUUUCCAUUCACCACAUGGGCUGAUGCAAAAACUGGAGUUUUCUUUCUGUCUAUGUUCUGUCUUCCAGAAUGCCAUUCCUUUUAAUCUACUGUAGUAAGCACAUGCUAAUGUAAACAUUUUUGUGUAACAUUCUUAAAUGCUUUUGCUGUGCUAAAAGAAUGGCUCAAUAAAAUACAAACUGUUUCAUGUUAA